GAUAUCCUAUGCAUGGACAAGACUGGUACACUCACCAUGAACCGUGCAAUUGUGGUUAAUCAUCUUGACAGUUGGGGUUCACCAAAUGAAGAAGUUUUACGCUUUGCUUUCCUUAACUCAUACUUCAAGACUGAUCAAAAGUAUCCUCUAGAUGAUGCAAUUUUGGCAUUUGUGUACACAAAUGGAUACAGAUUCAAACCAUCCAAGUAUAGAAAAAUAGAUGAGAUCCCUUUUGAUUUUAUACGAGCAGUAUCAGUUAUUUUGGAAACUGGAUACAAUGCAGAAGGCAGAAAUCUCCAAGCUCUUGAGAGGAUCAUGAUAACCAAGGGAGCAUUGGAAGAAAUAAUGAAAGCUUGUUCUUUCAUUGACCAUGUUGUUAGGGGCACCAUGACCACUUUCUCUUCAGAAGACUAUCGUAGGAUUCUAAAUAUGGGAGAAGAAUUCAGCAACCAGGGGUUGAGGAUUAUAGGAGUUGCAAUGAAAAGGCUAGAAAUGGAAAGAAGUGAUCCUAACAACAUAGUUGAUGAGUUCAUUGAAUCAGACAUGGUCUUCCUUGGUGUAAUUACAUUCUUUGACCCACCAAAGGACUCAGCAAAGCAAGCUUUGUGGAGGCUGGCUGAGAAGGGAGUCAAAGCAAAAGUAUUAACAGGCGACUCACUAUCCCUGGCAGUAAGAAUAUGUGAAGAACUUGGCAUUAGAACCACCAAUGUAACAACAGGACCUGACCUUGAGCAACUCAAUCAGGAUGACUUUCAUGAGACUGUUAAAAGAGCAACAGUACUUGCUCGGCUCACCCCAACACAGAAACUCCGUGUGGUGCAAUCCUUGCAAGCAGUUGGCGACCAUGUAGUUGGAUUCCUGGGAGAUGGGAUUAAUGACUCGCUUGCUAUAGAUGCUGCCAAUGUAGGUAUCUCUGUUGACUCGGGAGCUUCAGUUGCAAAAGACUAUGCUGACAUCAUCUUACUAGAGAAAGAUCUUAAUGUUCUUGUUGAUGGAGUUGAACAUGGCCGUCUUACUUUUGGUAACACCAUGAAGUACAUUAAAAUGUCAGUUGUUGCCAAUGUAGGGGGUGUUCUUUCACUCCUCAUUGCAACUCUGAUGCUAGGGUUUGAGCCAGUGACUCCAAGGCAGCUCCUUACUCAAACCUUUUUGUAUAGUGUUGGUCAAAUCGCAAUUCCAUGGGACAAGUUGGAGGAUGAUUAUGUGAAAAUACCGCAGAAAUGGUCUGAGAAAGGCUUACCCAUGUUCAUAUUAUGGAAUGGUCCGCUGUGUACUAUAUGUGAUAUAGCAAACCUUCUAUUCCUAUGCUUCUAUUAUGCGAACAACAAUGGAUCUUAUGACAAAUUCUUCCAUUCUGCAUGGUUCAUUGAAGGGCUUCUGAUGCAAACUCUAAUUUUCCACUUAAUCCGGACAGAGAAAAUCCCUUUUAUUCAGGAGAUUGCCUCAUGGCCAGUGCUCUGUUCAACAGUUGUUAUUUCUGCCGUGGGAAUUGCAAUUCCAUUCACAGUAGUUGGAGAAGUCAUGGGAUUCACUGGUCUGCCAAUUUCAUAUUUUGGAUUUUUGGUUUUGCUUUUUUUAGGAUAUUUUUCACUUGGCCAAGUGUUGAAGAGAGUUUACAUUUUGAUUUACAGAAAAUGGCUUUAGAUAACAGUAUAAACUCAUGCAAGAAAAGACAUUGCACAAGAAGGUGCUAGGAGGAGAGAACUUUCCUUUGUAUAUUAUUGAAGAUAAGCAUAAAAAAUGUAGCUUCCAUGUUUAUACAGGACCAUUAACAUUUCCUAUAACAAUAUUAUUGAACCUGCAAAUUUGCAGUAUGAAUGAUUUCAUGGAGUGGUUUGACCCCGUUAACAGUUUACAUAUGAUCAUUUGAUCAUUGCUGUGAAAAUGUGCAGAUCUCUGAAAUAGGGAUCAAGCUCUUAUGAAAAGUGUGCUGGUGAUCAACUUGGAAGUGAAAGAUAACCACGAGAAGGAAGCACUGGAGUUCGACUUGCUUUAGAUCUGUGCCAAGAGCAGCUGAAUUCUAUUGAUGAGAUUAUAGUCCCAAUUGAGACAAAGCACAGACGGAAGGUUUUAUAUAGCAAUCUCCUUCUAUUGAAGAUAACACUUUUAGUCUAUGAUUAACAGCCUUCUUCUUCUUCUUCUUCUUCUUCUUCUUCUUCUUCUUAUUAUUAUUAUUAUGUAAAGUUGUACAAUGUUGUUCCAACAUAAUUUGAAGAAUUUUAUUUCAUUCUUUGUAUUGGGGUUAUUGAGGUCGAUUACAGGAAUCAGUCUCUGGAAAUUUGUAGAUUGUACGGCUCUAUUUUACUAAACCAUUAUAAAUUUGUAGUGUAUCAUCA